AAUGGACCUUGUUACAAAGUAAGCAUAAAACAAUAGAAAAAUCCCAGAAGCUAUUUUCUUUGAAAAUAUUGAUGAAUUAAUCUCUAAAAAUUCAGUCUAAAGAUUAAUGGAAAGCUUAUAAGAAGCAUAUAAGUAAGAAUUAAUUUAAUAUGAGCUUAGCAAAUAUAAAUUUAUGGAGGCACAAUUAGUCAAGUAAAGAGAAUCAAUGCAAAAUAAAUUACCAGAAAUUGAAAGAGCUUUGAGUAUAGUUGAACAUUUAGAAAAUCAAAAAGAAGAUGAAGUUGUUGACUUUCUUAUUACAGACACUAUUUAUUCUAAAGCUGUUUUACCUAAAGAAAAUAAGACUGUUGCUCUUUGGUUAGGUGCUAAUGUUAUGGUUGAAUUUGAAUUCAAUGAAGCCAAAGCACUUUUAUCAUCCAAUAAAGAAAAUGCCAGUUCAAAUCUUAGAUAAUUUGUAUUUCCAUUUAUUGAUAUAGGAUGAAGACAUAGUGUUUUUAAAAGAUUAAAUCACUACAAUUGAAGUUAAUAUUGCCAGAGUAUACAAUGCCAACAUUAGAAUCUAAUAAACAUAAUAAUAAUAAUAAUAAUAGCAAUAAGCCAAAUGAAGUGU